UCCCUCUCAAAUCUCCCUCUCUCUCUUUAACAGCUGUUCCUAGCUGUCCUUCCUAUCCCAAUCUCAUGUGAUCCCCCCUCUUUCUCCCUCUCUAUCCCUCUAUUAUACCUCCCUAUCAAAACAAUCCGAAACUAGCACAACAGUAGCCUUUCCAUUCAAACUUAAUUGCUCAUCAUCUCUUCACCUCUCAAUACUUAUUGACUAUUGUUAUUAUCUCUUCUUCUGAUAUUAUUAAACCUCAUAUACAACAUGGCUCAGUUACCUCCUAAAGUACCCAGCAACUGGCCUAGCUUCGGCCAUCAGCGAGCUCCCUCCAUGGCCUCUUUCUUACCCCCAGCUCCGGCUCCACCACCAUCAUCCGGCAACCACCCAUCUUGGGUUGAUGAGUUUCUUGAUUUCACUUUAACCAGACGUGGUGCUCACCGACGGUCCAUGAGCGACUCAGUCGCAUUUCUUGAAGCGCCAAUGAUCAGUAGUAACGGUGGUGGAGCACCAAUGCAUGAAUUCGAUCGCCUCGAUGAAGAUCAGCUCAUUUCUAUGUUCCCUGACGACCUGCCACCGUCAUCAGGCGCAUCUGCUGCUCCAUUAUCAUCCUCCACUCCGUCAACCCCUUCCGAUCACAACAGCGUUAACGAGGAGAACCCUUCCGAGCAGCAAUUGGUUAACGAAUUGGAGGAGACGCAAAGCCUGUGCAAGUCUGAGCCACAGACAAACCAAGCUGCCCACACUGCAGCAGCCUCAACCGCUGAUCAAAUCAUUGUCGAUCCUAAAAGGGUCAAGAGGAUUUUGGCCAACAGGCAGUCGGCACAAAGAUCUCGAGUUAGGAAACUGCAGUACAUUUCCGAGCUGGAGCGCAGCGUUACAUCAUUGCAGACUGAGGUUUCGGCAUUGUCUCCUCGGGUGGCCUUCCUCGACCACCAGCGUUCAGUUCUCACAGUUGGCAACAGCCAUUUGAAACAGCGGAUUGCAGCUCUUGCCCAAGAUAAAAUUUUCAAGGACGCUCAUCAAGAAGCACUAAAGAAGGAAAUAGAGAGAUUGAGGCAAGUGUAUCAUCAGCAAAGUCUUAAGAAGAUGCCUUCGGUGACCGCUGGAGACUCACCGGAGCACACCAACAAAGAGCUCGUGAGCUGAGCAAGUGACCACUUGGAGGUGUUCAAUUUGCAAAUAGGGGAGGGAUGAUUUCUGCUUGUGAUUUUAUCCUCUGUAUUCUAUUUUCCAAUUUUUCUUAAUUUUAAAAUUUAAGAUUUAUUCUUUCGAAGGAAUGGUGUUGUGAUUUUGUGGUUGCAAAUGUGUUGGCAUGCAUGAAAAGGUAUGUCUAGUGGAUUUUUGUAUCAUUUAAAGGGUAUUUCUUUGUGGGUUCUUAA